GUCGUUUGUUGCCCCUUCCACCCCUUAAAGCAUUCCUUCACGAUCCGACAAGGCAGGGCUUCAGCCUAUACAUUCUGUUUCUGUCUCCAUUAUUCAAUACAUUGGGUCUCCCAAGGACCAUCCCACGCGGUUGUUUGUUUUGGAUCCAGUCGCCUCCCGAGCUACUACUUCGUAGUAAGUAGCAGGUACUGUCCGCAUUCACAGCUUCCGCUGUACCGCCCACCCAUUAAAUAAGAUGGCCUCUAUCGCCGAGCUGGCUGGGGAGGCCAAUCCUUUGACGCCGCAAAAUGUCCUCAAUGCUUUGGUUCUGGCGGCUAGCUCUACACAGCAACAGGUGCAGACGGGUACCCAACAGCUGCAGAACUGGGAGAAGCAGGAGAACUACUACACACAUCUGCAGGAUGUCUUCCUAGAUCACUCCGUACCGCCUGAAGUCCGAUACCUCUCCAUCAUCCAGUUGAAGAACGGCAUCGACAAGUAUUGGCGCAAGACCGCGACCAACGCCAUCAAAAAGGAGGAAAAGGAACACAUCAAGACCAGGGCCCUGCAGGCGGGUGUCGUCGAACCCGCCCCUCUUCUCGCCCUACACAACGCGUUAAUGAUCGCCAAGAUUAUGCGUUACGAAUUCCCCCAAGACUGGCCGGAUGCCAUCUCCUCGCUCAUUGCCCUCCUUCGCUCCUCGACCCAGCCGGGCGCGAACCCGAUACAAUUGCCCCGGACCCUCACCAUCCUUCUACAAAUCAUCAAGGAACUGUCGACCGCGCGGCUGCAGAGGACCCGCGCAAACCUGCAAUCCGUGGCACCGGAGGUCUUCCACCUGCUGGGAAGCAUAUACGUGGAGAAGGUGAACAAGUGGGCUUCCUUUCUGGAGCAAGGGGGUGUCGAUGAGGCCGCAUUGCUGGAGGUGAUUGAGCAAAGUCUAGUCUCUCUGAAAGUCAUCCGGCGUCUCGUGAUUGCCGGGUUUGAGCACCCCAACCGUGACAAGGAUGUCAGCGAAUUCUGGGUCCUGACCCACUCCCACUUCAGUAGAUUCCUGGGAUUAAUCCACGGCUCCGUUACUAUGUCGGAGCCAAUCCAUAGGGCAGUGGAAAAGCACCUGCUGCAGCUUUCCAAGCUUCACGUGGAGAUGGCCAAGGAUCGCCCGGCAUCGUUUGCGCUGCUGCCGGACAGUAUUCCCCUUGUCCAGUCCUACUGGACGCUAGUAGUCAAACUGGGGGAGAACUACAGUCAGCUGGGAGCUGAUGGUGAGUCAGAGGGCAAGUCCCUAAUGGAGAAGACCGGCCUCAGGGCCCUCCUCCUCAUCAGGGCUUGCUCGAAGAUGGCCUUCAACCCGGCCCAGACAUUCAAAUACCAGACCCCGGAGGACAAGGAGGAGAAGAGGCGGUCGGUUGAGCUGAUCAAGUCGCAGCUAUUCACGCACGAUUUCGUGAUCAAUGUCAUGGAACUGCUCGUCACGCAGUUCUUCCGGUUCAGGAAGAACGACUUCCAGGAGUGGGAAGAUGACCCCGAGGAGUGGGAGAGGAAAGAGGAGGAUAUCGCUGAGGCCUGGGAGUUCUCUAUCCGGUCGUGCUCCGAGAAGCUCUUCCUUGAUCUGGUCAUUCACUUCAAGGAGUUGCUCAUCCCGCGUCUCUUGAGCGUGUUUUACAACUUUGCGAGCCCCGAAAACCGCGACGUCCUGCUGAAGGAUUCGUUGUACUCAGCCAUCGGGCUGUCUGCGGCGAGCCUCGAACAGCACUUGGACUUCAACAAGUUCCUCGAGACCACGCUCGUGCCCGAAGUCCAAAUUCAGGAGCAGGGAUACAACCUUCUUCGGAGAAGAAUUGCCAUCGUGCUGGGCCAAUGGGUGCCCGUGAAAUCCAACGAGCUCAACAAGAACGCCAUCUACCAGAUCUUCCAACACCUCCUCAGCAAGCAAGACCCGCUGAAUGACCUGGUGGUCCGCAUUACUGCGGGCAGACAGCUCAAGAACGUGCUUGAGCCCUUCGAAUUCUCGCCGACGGAGUUCCUGCCCUAUGCCCCGGCUAUCCUGCAAGACCUGAUGGCUCUUGUGCAAGAGGUGGAGCUCUCAGAGAUCAAGAUGGGUCUUCUCGAUACGGUCCGCAUGGCAGUGGUGAAGAUGGAAGAUCACAUCGGCCCAUUCUCGGACCAAAUCCUCUCAUUGCUGCCUCCCCUCUGGGAGAGUUCCGGCGAGGAGCACCUGAUGAAACAAGCCAUCCUCACCCUCCUCUCCUCUCUGAUCCACUCCCUCAAGCAGGAGUCAGUCCGAUACCACGCCCUGAUCCUGCCUCUCAUCCAAAACUCUGUCGAGCCAGGCUCCGAAACCCUCAUCUACCUCCUCGACGAAGCCCUGGAUCUCUGGUCCGCGAUCCUCAUGCAAACCCCCGCGCCCGCCUCCCCCGAAAUCCUCUCCCUCAUGCCGGCGCUCUUCCCCAUCUUCGAAGCCGCCACCGACAGCGUGCCCCAGGCCCUGCAAAUCGCCGAAUCUUACAUCCUGCUCGCCCCCCAGGAGGUCCUCAGCGACCGGAUCCGCUUCCAACUGCUCGUCUCCUUCGAAACCCUCCUCAAAUACACCACCAAGCAACGCCUUGGCGUAGUCCCCCGGCUAGUCGAGUUGAUGCUCCGCGGCGCCGAAUCCGUCGACUCCGGCAGCGAACAAACCUACAACGUGAUCACCCGCACCCUUCUCGACAGCUCCUUCCUGGCCGCCCUGCUGGAGGGCCUGCACUCCGCCCACGAAGCCAGCCAAUCCACCGGUCCCAACCGCAAACAAACCUCCGUCUACGGCGUCGUCGAAACAGACUACUUCUCCGUCCUGGCGCGCCUCGCCCUCGCCCACCCGUCCAUCUUCGUCUCCGCCGUGUCCGCAGCCACCAACUCCCCAGACCACCACGUCCUCGCCUGGCUCCUAACAGAAUGGUUCUCCCACUACGAUAACAUCGGCUCCACCACCCAAAAGAAACUCCACGCCCUCGCCCUCACCAACCUCCUCUCCCUCCCUUCCAACCCCAACACCCACAGUCACAGUCACAGUCACAACCAAGACCCCCCGCAACCCCCACCCUCCUACCUCCUCACCCACCUCCAAUCCUACCUAACAAUGUGGACCGACAUCGUCACCGAACUCGCCGAAAGCCUCGACGACUCCACAUCUACCAACCCCGACGAUCCCCGCGCCGGCGACUACCUCAUCUACUGGAACAACGCCCAGACCGCCGCCGCAACAGACGACACCGAGCCGCCCGAGAACAUCCGCAAGCGCGACUGGGACAAUAACGACGUGCUGCACAAGAUCAACAUCCGCGAUUUCCUGCGUGAGCGGCUGCACGCCCUGAUUGUGGGGUGUGGUGGCGAGCAGCGCUUCCAGGAGGAGUGGUUGGUUAAUGUUGAUCGGGACGUGGUGGGUGCGUUUGGGGCUUUGGGGUUGUUUUAGAUUGUUGAUGUUGGGGAAGAGUGCAUGGAUGCAUGGGAUAUAUUGAUUGUUAUGUUGUGUUAUAUUUGGGUUUUCUCCAUUCUUUCUGUCCCCCCCCCUUGUGUCUUUGUGUUUGUGUGUGUGUGUGUUGGAUUUCGGUUACGUUACGCAUGAGUGCAUUUCUGCUAUUGUUUUUACAGAAUAUUAUACACUACAUAGCUGAAUACCCAUGCAUAGAUAGUAGCUCUGCCGUGGCAGAGCUAAGCAAUGAAAUUAC